UUUCACGGCAAUGAGGAAGGCCAGAGAAGAGUUCAGGGCAAAGUUAAUGAAACUGAUAUGUCAAUCGGGACCCGGAGAAGACGGAGACUCGAUUCCCUCCGGGGAAGAGAAGAAUAUGUUGCGAUAUUAUUAUUAUCUUCGAUACGGCAUCGAUACGAUACAUGUCGCACCCCUUGAUAAUAAAAUUAUCCUUCGAGUGCAUAAGCUUAUACCGGCGAAGCUGAAAAAAUGGAAGGAUUCUUUGUUCACGUGUACAGACGAGAUGCGAGAGGAUUUUAUGAUGAGCAUGAAGAAGGCGAUCGUUGAUUUUGUGCUCAAGGAUCCAAAUACGGAGGAAUCUUUAGAAGAGGAAGACACCCCAUUAAAGCAAGAGCUUGCCAAGAAGGAUGACGCCUGGCGAAACCGGUACCAGUGCGCUCGAAAGUUUCUUGACAAGAAUUUGCACAGUGUAAAUCCCUGUAUCGCUCAAGUGCUGCAGAUAUGGUGGAAACAGUUUAACGAUCUUCGUCUCAUCAGCAUGAAGGAUAUAAUGAUGACGAAGGAGGCGUACGAAUUGCAGGACUUCAAUUUCGUCUGUAAGCGGCAUAUUGAUGCAGCUGGAAAUGUGCUCGCAAUGCAAUGGAUACCUACCGUACAAGCUGUGUUUUUACAGGGAAGCAAAAAGAAACAAAUACCGGAUUCGAAGCAAGUCUCGAAGAUGAAGCAUUUCUACAACUGUUUAGCUUGCAUCAUGACGUACAACUUGCAGACACUAUGCCUCAAAUCUAUGAAAGAGUUCACCGAAUACAUCCUAGAUGUCGGGGGAAUGAACCAAGGAUUUGUAAUAAACUUGACAUUUCAAGAGGACGCAAUUCAAUUUGAGCCAUCUUUCAAGCAAUUUCGCGAUCAGCUUGGUCUGUUGUACGAUUUUAUAAUAGACGCGUGUAGACAAACGCCAAGGUUGGAGACAAUACUGUAUCAAGACUACGUUAUUACCACAAGGGUCACAUUGAGGCCUGUAAUAGACAACGAAAUAAUUGAGGGAUACAAGAAGAGUAUAAUAGAUCUUAUCAAUGAACAGAGGAUCGGUCCUGAGCUGAGAGUACAGGAUUUUGAUGACUAUGUUUGUCUUCUUAAUGGUGAAUCAUCAUCAGAAGUGGAAGAAUUCGUGCAGUCGAUUCCGGAGAAGAGUUUUGAAGAGUACUGUGCUGAAGCCGUGAAGUAUGUGAAUAUAGCGCGAGAGAUACCUUCAAAACUAGAGGGCACCAUCGUGAUUGGCAUGUUUCAAAUGCAGAGGGGAGAUUUGAUAUCCUCCCUUAGAGGUGCUGCCACGAAACUAGCCAACCAAUUGCUCCGGCGGAUGACUGAAGACUACCAAAAUAUGAUAAGAUCGAUCUAUGAGGAGUAUUCGUCGAUAGCCAAUAAGCUGCUGACCCCGCCGCUAGAUACGGCCGCCUUGAUGGAGCUGAUCGCCUACGUCAAGAAGGUGGAGGACGUGCUCAUAGAUGAAAUGGAGGACAAGCUUCGGAAUGUGAUGCGCUACAUCGUGUUUCUGGGUGACUUCACCGCGUUCACGCCACUGGAGAUGAAAGCCAACAACCAGACUUAUCAUUGGUAUGCACGAAUGCCAGGGGUAAUUGAAGAAAGUAAAGUGAUAUGUGAUCAGAAGAAGAUUGAAUACCAAGAAUUAUUAAAGGUUCGCAUCGCAAAGUUUAUCGAAGAUCUGGACAGAUUUGAGCAGCAAUGUAACGAGUUACAGUACUGGGGGGAGAUCAACGAAUUGCCAAAAUAUGUUGCACGUGCGAGGCACUUAGAUGAUAAGUUGGCAGCUUUGAUCCAGAAGAUAUAGAAGGUGAUGUCGGAUACUAUUAUAAAAUCGUGUACAAACUGGAAAAGUCAUUUCAAGAUGUUCCGGAU